AUAUAGAGAUUUUCCAAUUACGCGGCGCCGGACCUUCAGGCCACCGUCACUGUGGGCCGUGGGAUUCAUAUAGUUUGAGCAUCUAUAUAUAUAAGCCUAUAUUGGCAAUGCAGGCAGUAUGCGUUUCUGAGUGAAACUUGACGUCUUUAUAGCUUUCUUUGGUUUCAUUUUGUAUGUGGAUUCAUGUCAUCCAUGCUUGUUUUUGCCUUCUAUGCUCUCUGUGUCACUGGCCUUGUUAAUGUUGCUCAAGCCCAGAAUCAAACACAACCUCCUACGGAUCCUAAUGAAGUGAGAGCUUUAAAUUCGAUAUUUCAACAGUGGAAGAUAUCAGCACAAUCCGAUCAAUGGAAUAUAAGCGGGGAGCCAUGUACUGGUGCUGCCAUUGACGACGACACCGGCUUUAAUAACGUUGAUUACAACCCCUUUGUUAAAUGUAAAUGUUCGUACAAAAAUGGUACCAUUUGCCAUAUCACCGAGCUGAAGGUUUACGAAUUGGAUGUUGUUGGUGUACUACCGGAUGAGCUAUGGACUUUGACUUUCCUCACCAAUUUGGAUUUGCGCCAAAAUUACUUAACUGGUCCCAUCUCUCCAUCCAUUGGCAACCUAACUGGCUUGCAAUACUUGAGCUUUGGCAUUAAUGCAUUAUCAGGGAAGCUUCCAGUGGAAUUAGGGAAGCUUACAGAUUUGAGGUCACUGGCUUUUGGGUUUAACAACUUUUCUGGUCCUCUGCCAUCUCAGCUUGGGAAUUCAACCAAAUUAGAACAGUUGUACUUUGAUAGUUCUGGAGUUAGUGGUGAGAUUCCACAAACAUUUGCUAAACUACGGAACCUGCGUGUAAUGUUGGGAUCAAACACUGAGCUCACUGGUCAGAUACCUAGCUUCAUAGGAAAUUGGUCAACUCUUGAAACAUUGAAUCUUCAAGGAAACUCUUUUGAAGGUUCAAUACCAUCUACUUUUUCCAAAUUAACUUCUCUGAAAGACUUGAGAAUAAGUGAUUUAUCUAAUGGAAGCUCUUCAUUGGCAUUCAUUAAGAACAUGACGUCUCUAACCCUCUUAAUACUAAGGAACAACAAUAUAUCUGAUUCAAUUCCAGAUAGUAUUGGAGAAUACCAAAGCCUAUCGCGGCUGGAUUUGAGCUUCAACAACAUAACUGGACAAAUUCCAGACUCGCUUUUUAGGAUGAGUUCACUCUCUCACCUGUUUCUUGGAAAUAAUAAGUUAAAUGGUAUCCUUCCAGCAUCAAAAAGUGGGACUCUUCUCAAUAUAGAUUUGUCAUACAAUAAUUUAGUUGGGAGCUUUCCUUCUUGGGUCAACGAACAAAAUUUACAACUUAAUUUAGUUGCCAACAACUUCACAUUGGGAAGUUCAAAUAGCAGUGGUUUGCCUUCAAGUUUGAAUUGUCUUCAGCGGAACUUCCCUUGCUACCGAGGUUCUGGAAUCUAUUAUAAUUUUUCUAUCAAGUGUGGUGGUCCACAGAUCACUUCUUCUGGGAUUGUGUACGAGAGGGAUAAUGAGACACUUGGUCCAGCUACGUAUUAUGUGACAGACUCAAAGAGGUGGGCAGUUAGUAAUGUUGGAUAUUUCUCUGAAAGCGACAAUCCUCAGUAUAAAGCUUCUACAUCUUCUCAUAUUACAAAUACGUCAGACAUAAGGCUGUUCCAGACAUCGCGAAUCUCUGCUUCUUCAUUAAGAUACUAUGGCUUGGGGCUAGAAAAUGGUAAUUACACUGUCAGCCUCCAGUUUGCAGAAACAGCUUUCCAAGGUUCUUUUAGGUGGAAUACUCUGGGGACACGCCUCUUUGAUAUUUAUAUCCAGGGGAAUCUUGUUUUGAAGGAUUUUAACAUACAAAGGGAGGCAGGUGGGGUCACAUUUCAAGCUGUCCAGAAGAUAUUUAAGGCUCAGGUAUCAGAAAACUAUCUUGAAAUCCAUCUUUUUUGGGCUGGAAAAGGGACUUGCUGCUUACCUUCUCGAGGUACUUAUGGACCUUCUAUUUCAGCCAUCAGUGUUACCCCAGAUUUCAGACCUACUGUCAGUAACAGCCCUCCAACCAGGAAGAAGAACAGGACUGGUCUGAUUGUGGGGAUAAUUGGUGGACUUGUAAGCUUUCUUACAGUUUUUGUGAUUUUGUGCUUUUAUCAAAGAAGAAAAAGACAUCACACCAGUAAAGAUGAAGAGUUCCUAGGGAUAGAUGCUAGACCAUAUACUUUCAGUUACAUCGAACUAAAGACUGCUACAGACAACUUCAGUCCUUCUAAAAAACUUGGAGAAGGAGGAUUUGGACCUGUUUAUAAGGGAACACUUAAUGAUGGCAGAGUAGUUGCUGUGAAGCAACUUUCUUUGGCAUCUCACCAAGGAAAGAACCAAUUUGUAACAGAGAUUGCUACUAUAUCUGCCGUACAACACCGGAACCUUGUGAAAUUGUAUGGAUGCUGCAUUGAGGGCGAGAAACGGCUUCUUGUUUAUGAGUAUCUGGAAAACAGGAGUCUUGAUCAAGCAUUAUUUGGAGAUAGAAGUUUGAUUCUUGAUUGGGGAACACGUUUUGAUAUAUGCAUGGGCAUAGCAAGAGGUCUAGCUUAUCUUCAUGAGGAGUCAAGGGUUCGAAUUGUACAUAGAGAUGUGAAGGCCAGCAAUAUUCUGCUCGACUCUAAUUUCAUCCCCAAAAUUUCAGAUUUUGGUUUAGCCAAACUUUACGAUGAUAAAAAGACCCACAUAAGCACGCGUGUUGCAGGGACAAUUGGGUAUCUUGCACCGGAGUAUGCUAUGCGUGGACAUCUCACUGAGAAGGCUGAUGUUUUUUCGUUUGGUGUGGUGGCUCUAGAGAUGGUUAGUGGCAGGCCUAACUCUGACGCAAGCUUAGAAGAAGAGAAGCACUAUCUUCUUGAAUGGGCUUGGCAUCUGCAUGAAAACGAGCGUGCUAUUGAACUGGUGGACUCAAAACUAUCAUCAACAUACAGCGAGGAGCAAGCAAAAAUAGUGAUUGGAGUGGGACUGUUGUGCAGCCAAGCAUCACCAACGCUAAGGCCCUCAAUGUCACGUGUGGUAGCAAUGCUUUCAGGAGACGCUGAAGUGAACACUGUAACUUCAAGACCAGGAUACUUGACUGAUUGGAAAUUUGAUGACGUAACAAGCAGCUUUUUGUGUGAUAUUCAAACUGAAGGAAUCGUUGAUGGUGAUGCUACCCCAUACAACUUUACACCAAGCACCAGCACCAGCACCAGCACGUUUGUGAAUGCAGAUGCAGAGCAUUCGCCUAGACCUAUGCUUCAACAGACAAAUAGAGAUGAGAAUUGAUCUUUUUUUCCUAAAUCAAGAACAACAUGGACAAGUGUUUUAUGUACUUUCAAUAUAUGUUGUUGUAUCACCAAAUAUAUUCUUUCAGUUUCAGACUGUUUUUCCUAGAUACCUAAAUAUCAUUCAAGGGCUUUCAUUUCUUUUGUUUUUUGUUGCUCAGCCUAACAAUCCUUUCCAUUUUUCGUUC